AAAAACGAGUUGGUUAUCGAUUUGGCGUUCGCCCACGCGCACCGUAACGCCCGCCGCCUCCUGGUUCCGUUCGUGACCGUUACCCAGUUCUUUGCCGCUCUCCGCGUCGACGCGUUGUCUAUCGUACCUACGUUUUUUUUUUUUUUUUUUUUUUCGUACUUGGGUAAUAUUUUCGCGAAUCGCGAACGCCGUCCUUAUCAAUCGCGCGUGAUUUCGCGGCGUAUCUGUUAUCGCACCGCCACUCGACAACCUAUCGUAAUAAAUAAUAAUUAUCAUUAUUAGUUAUUACUAUUACUAUUAUUAUUAUUAAUUUUUCACGAUCGUGUCAGCAGCAGUGCUCGUGCGGCGUGCGACCGCGUCGACCCUGUCCGUGAACGGAUGAUCGUCUGAAGACCCGUUAAAAUAACAAUAUCGUCUUCGCCGGUCCACGACGAUCCCUUUCGUUACACGCGAACAUUGCACUCGCGUCCUACCUGUUGUUGUGGUUACACUGACCAGCCUUCCGUCAUCGUUAUGUGGUCGAAAAUAUUUAAAGCCAGCAAUCACGGACUCGUCCGCGGCGUGGCCAUAUAUUCGAUCACCUGGCCGGUGAGCAGCAUGAUACAACAGACGCUAGAUCCGUCCGGCAACAAAACCAUUGAUUUACAACGAGCCGCAAAGUUCAGCAUGUAUGGUGGACUCUUCGUAGCACCCACUUUGUACGCGUGGAUGAGAUUUGCCAGUUACGUUUGGCCUUCAAUGACAAUUACCAGUCAUAUAACUAAG